UCUUCUCUAACACAGUGAAGAAUGUUUUUUUCUUUUCUUUCUUUUUUUUUACUAACACAGUGAAGAAUGUUUUUAUAUUUCUUUAAUAUCUGAUUAAAGGGGCAAUCUGGAUUUUUCAUAUCAAUUCCAUUACAAGACUCGGAGAAAGAGGGAGGGUUUCAGUAACCAGCCAUCCAGUAAUGGAGCUGAAGAAAGAGAAGCUUGUGAGGUUUUAUUCUGAAGAAAAACAGCAGAAGGGUUUUAUGUUAUGGGGAGAAAAAGAUGGCUCUUCUUCUCUAGAGAAAUCAUCUUCAGGGUACCAGCUUCCAUCCAUGUUGAAUACUCGUAGGAAAUGUAAAAUUACUGAUUCCCUUAAGUUUGGGAGAUCCAAGGUCCACCCUGAGGACCAUGAGACAUGGCGCACGCGAAUACUUGAUCCAGGUAGUGAAAUUGUGCUGAAAUGGAACAAGGUUUUCAUUGUUUCUUGCUUGGUGGCGCUCUUUGUCGAUCCAUUGUAUUUUUACUUGCCUAGUAUAGGAGGGGUUAAGGAUUCUUGGUGCGUGAAAUCAGAUGUGAGUUUACGGAUUGUUGUGACGUUUCUCCGUACAAUUGCCGAUCUUUUCUAUCUGUUACAUGUGGUGAUUAAGUUCAGGACAGCUUAUGUUGCACCCAGUUCACGGGUGUUUGGAAGGGGUGAGCUUGUCAGGAAUCCUAAGAAGAUUGCCGGGAGAUAUAUAAGAUCUGAUUUCUUCAUUGAUCUUAUUGCCACACUGCCUCUGCCUCAGAUUGUCAUCUGGUUUAUUAUACCAGCAUCGAGAAGUCAUCACAGUCGACGAGCUAAUCAUAAUAACAAUGCCCUUGCGCUGAUUGUCCUACUACAAUAUGUUCCCAGGUUAUAUCUCAUUUUCCCAUUAAGUUCAGAAAUUAUUAAAGCAACUGGAGUUGUCACCAAAACUGCUUGGGCUGGGGCUGUUUAUAAUUUGCUGCUGUACAUGUUGGCUAGUCAUGUCUUGGGGGCAGCAUGGUAUGUGCUGUCAGUCGAUCGAUACUUAUCUUGUUGGAGAUCAAUAUGCAAGAAAGAAAUCAGCCCCAGAAAAUGUUUUCUUGAAUAUUUGGAUUGUGACACUUCGAAUUUUGAUGUACGCAAUAAUUGGGUUAACACAACGAAUGUGUUCAGAAGUUGUGAUCCCGACAAUGAUAUUACUUUCAACUUCGGGAUAUUUCAGAAUGCAGUUUCGAAGAAUGUUGUCUCUUCAAGUUUUCUUGAGAAGUACUUCUAUUGCUUGUGGUGGGGUUUACAGAACCUGAGUUCAUAUGGACAAAAUCUUUCAACAAGCACAUUUAUUGGGGAAACAUCGUUUGCCAUACUCAUUGCUAUCUUGGGUCUUGUUUUAUUCGCACAUCUUAUUGGAAAUAUGCAGACAUACCUGCAGUCUUUAACACUAAGGCUUGAGGAAUGGAGACUUAAGCGAAGAGACACUGAGGAGUGGAUGCAGCAUCGUCAACUUCCAGAAGAUUUGAGGAAACGUGUUCGGCGGUUUGUUCAAUACAAGUGGCUUGCAACUCGAGGAGUAAAUGAAGAAACUAUUCUGCGUGGCUUACCCACCGAUCUCCGUCGUGAUAUACAGUGUCAUCUGUGUUUGGACCUUGUUCGACGUGUUCCAUUUUUCUCACAAAUGGACAAUCAGUUGCUUGAUGCGAUAUGCGAGCACCUAGUCUCAUCCUUGAGCACCGAGGGUACGUAUAUUGUACGUGAGGGUGAUCCUGUGACAGAGAUGCUCUUCAUCAUCCGUGGUAGACUCGAGAGUUCAACCACAAAUGGAGGGCGGACGGGUUUCUUCAAUUCCAUUACCCUGAGACCAGGAGACUUUUGUGGGGAGGAGCUACUUGCAUGGGCUUUGCUACCAAGAUCAACCGUCAACUUGCCUUCUUCGACUAGGACAGUGAGAGCACUGGUUGAAGUCGAAGCUUUUGCAUUGCGAGCCGAAGAUCUCAAGUUUGUAGCUAAUCAGUUUAGACGACUACACAGCAAGAAGUUGCAGCAUACCUUCCGUCUUUAUUCACACCACUGGAGAACAUGGGCAGCAUGCUUCAUACAGGCUGCUUGGCGACGGUACAAGAGGAAGAAGAUAGCAAAAGAACUUGCGACCAUGGAAUCGUUUGCAUUGGACGAGAUGUCAGCUCUGGACUCCAAAGAGGUAGAACAGAAUGAGAGCUCUGAGGGUUCGAACUCUGGUCGGAUAUCAAAACUUGGGGUCACAAUUUUGGCUUCAAAAUUUGCUGCAAAUACAAGGAGAGGUGCUCAAAAGAUUAGAGACUUGGGGACCCCAAAACUACUGAAACCCGAAGAGCCUGACUUUUCAGCCGAGACAGAUGAUUAGUUACAUCAGCUCGACUGUAGACCAGUAAUUCAUUUCACAUCCAAAAGCGUAUGUUCCCUGCAGAAUAGAAACAUUCACUUAAUGGAAGGAUAUAUUCUAGGUUGCCUUUCUGUUCAUGUAAUUUUAUAUCUAUUUUAUAAGAUCUGCAGCAGGCUGGAACAGUAUAGUUUACAAUAAACUAUAUGUAACAGUCACUAUAACUAAAUCAAUGAAAAUACGUGCUUGUUGUAAUC